AUGACCGAAGUCCUUCUCUCUGCUGCUCUGAACGGAACUGAACCCAACCUGUUAUCCAGCGGCGGCUGGUCUGUGGGAAACGUCACCACCAAGUGCUCCCUGACCAAAACCGGCUUCCAGUUCUAUUACCUGCCCACCGUCUACAUUCUGGUCUUCAUCACGGGGUUUUUGGGCAACAGCGUGGCUAUCUGGAUGUUUGUCUUCCACAUGAAGCCUUGGAGCGGCAUCUCGGUUUACAUGUUCAACUUGGCACUGGCCGAUUUCUUGUAUGUCUUGACUCUGCCCGCCCUCAUCUUUUACUACUUCAACAAAACGGACUGGAUCUUCGGAGACAUCAUGUGCAAGCUGCAGAGGUUCAUCUUCCACGUGAACCUGUACGGCAGCAUCCUGUUUCUGACCUGCAUCAGCGUGCACAGGUACACGGGGGUGGUGCACCCCCUGAAGUCUCUGGGGAGGCUGAAGAAGAAGAACGCGGUGUACAUCAGCAGCCUGGUCUGGGUCCUCGUGGUGGGCGUGAUUUCUCCAAUACUCUUCUACUCGGGAACGGGGAUAAGGAAGAAUAAAACCACGACGUGCUACGACACGACGGCCGACGAUUACCUGAGAAGUUACUUCAUCUACAGCAUGUGCACCACAGUGCUGAUGUUCUGCAUCCCCUUCAUAGUGAUUCUCGGUUGCUAUGGGCUCAUCGUGAAAGCUUUGAUUUACAAAGAUUUGGACAAUUCUCCUCUCAGGAGAAAAUCGAUUUACCUGGUCAUUAUCGUGUUGACGGUCUUUGCAGUGUCUUACCUUCCCUUCCACGUGAUGAAGACCUUAAAUCUAAGGGCCAGGGUGGAUUUUCAAACCCCAGAUAUGUGUGCCUUCAACGAUAAGGUUUAUGCCACUUACCAAGUGACGAGGGGCCUGGCCAGCCUCAACAGCUGCGUCGACCCCAUCCUUUACUUCCUGGCAGGCGACACCUUCCGAAGGCGGCUUUCCAGGGCCACCAGGAAAUCGUCCAGAAGGAGCGAGCACAACGUGCAGUCCAAAAGUGAGGAAAUGACUCUCAAUAUUUUAGCAGAGUACAAACAGAACGGAGAUACCAGUUUGUGAACAAAUGCAGAAGAUUUGGGAACGGUUGGAAAAAAUCCUCCGCUUUGAGGCAGUAGGAGACUGUAGGGCUUACAAGUGUGUGAGGAAAAUCUACCAGUCUCAAAUUCUAUUUUAGAUAAAGCCUCGUUUUCUGGUCUUAGAAAAAGCUUAACAGAGUCAGUGGAAGGAUUUUAAUGGAAAAUAAUGUGUCAAAAUUCAGCUUUCCUUCAGUAGUUUCAUUUAUUUCUGACUUGUGUCAGAUGAAGUAAAAUGAAGUAAAUCCCCUAAAGGAGGAGAGCAAUCCAAAUGCAUCUGGUUUAAUGACUUAGUCUCCCACAUUUGAAAAUGUUCUCAGUCAGCCUGUCUUUAAAAACAGGAAAUAAAAAUAGGAGCAGUAUCUUGUCUUCUGAGGCUCAGUCACAGACCAGGCUUUCUGCUCCCUCGCUGUUGUAGGCAAGGAUUUAAAUCAAGGUCACGAUGCGGUUACCGUUUUCAGUUUUAUUAUUUUUUUCAUCUACUUCUAGUGCUGAUAAUUACUUGAUAGUUUGGUGGCAUUUAUGGUUCAGUCCUCUUUCAGUGCCGGUGUUCUAGUCGAGGUAGGCUUUGGUGGUGUGUGCAUGGUCGUGCUUUGGGAUUGCGAUGGGUGUUGAUGGUGAGCCUGUCCCCCUUGUCCUCAGGGCUGCUUGGUGUCCCCGGGUGCUGGAGGUGCCCCCGGGUGCUGGAGGCGUCCAUGGAUAUUAGAGGUGCCCCCAGGUGCUGGAUGUGUCCCUGGGCCCUGGAGGUGCCCCCGGGUGCUGGAGGUGCCCCCGGGUGCUGGAGGUAUCCCUGGGCACUGGAUGUGUCCCCGGGCACUGGAUGUGUCCCUGGGCGCUGCCAGGCGUGGGGAGCUCAGCUGUGCUGGGUCACAGCUCCGGGGGUCUGUCCUGUCCCCGUGCCUGGGGCAGCAGUGCCGUGCCAGUCAUGGGUAUGGGCCUGGCGUGGCCUGGCUGGCCGGGGAGCGCUGGCCCAGGGGCUGCUGGCACCACACUGGCACCACACUGGCACCACACUGGCACCGUGCUGGCACUGCGCUGGCACUGCGCUGGCCCAGAAGCCGCUGGCACUGCGCUGGCACCGCUCUGGCACUGCGCUGGCACCGUGCGGGCACUGCAUUGGCCCAGGGGCCGCUGGCACCGCUCCGGCACCGCGCUGGCACCGCAGCCCGUGCCCAUCCGGAGGUGGGUGUGCUGCAAGGGCCCAGCAGGGAACACGUGCUCCACGUACCUGCGCUAGGUCCCACGGGCUCUGCCCCUGCAGCCUUUACAGACAGCACAGGAGUGGUGUGCCAAGAACAGUGGCUAUUAAAAUGGAGAAUAUAAAUGGAUUAUAUAUAUAUUAUAUAUUAUAUAUAUAACAGUAAUUGGGGGGAAUUAAUUUUUUUGUACUUUGACGAAUAAAUUGCUGUAUUAACGAGAUGUUGCGAUGUACUACAGGCUAAAUCCGGCCCUUUACUAUAGAUCUUCUCCAAAUGUGGAAUAGUUCAUCCAAAAUUAGCCAAACUGCAACAUUGUGUAACGCAAGAGCUAGUGAGCAGGCACAGAUGAAAUUCUACAUGGGCAGUCUCAGUUGUUUCUCAUAUUUUGAAUGAAUGUAUUUGAAAAUAUUUUGUGCUAAAAGCGGUAUAAAAGCAUGCUCUGAAUUAUGAAUUUAGUGUACAAAUUUAAGUUCGAUGUAAUCCUAAGGGUGAUUUUUAACGGAUCUUUGUUCCUCUGGUCUGCAUCAUAAGAGUAAAAUACUUAUAUUUUACUUACCAAUUUCCAGUGAUUGGUUACAAAUGAGAGUAGCUGUAGUUAUUUUUUGACAACAUUGUUAAGCAGCUUCUGUUCACAUGUACGGCUUCCUCUGCAGAGUCCCUAUUUAUUGAACUUAUUUAUUAGAAUGCUAAAUGUAAAGUUUGUAAAGUGUGGUUCUCUGUGGUCAUAUUCAGAAUUGGGCAUUAAUGGAAAAUGGAAGAGCAUGUUUCAAUCACUGUAAUGCUGUGUCUUCUAACAGAACAUCUUUAUAAUAAACUCAAUUCCACCCUGA